CGCCAAGAAGAAGGCAAACUUGAAAACCCUAUCCCAUUCAAUUUUAAUUUGUUGACUGCACUGCAAGCGAUCAGAAUGUCGGGGGCUUCGGUGAAGGUGGCUGUUCGGGUCCGGCCCUUCAAUUCUCGAGAGACCAGCAAAGAAUCAAAAUGUAUCAUCCAGAUGCAAGGCAAUUCAACAAGUAUUAUCAACCCAAAGAACCCCAAGGAAGCGCCAAAGUCCUUCAGCUUUGACUACUCCUAUUGGUCCCAUACAUCGCCUGAAGAUCCCUGCUUUGCAUCGCAGAGCCGCGUGUACAAUGACAUCGGGAAGGAGAUGCUGCUGCAUGCCUUUGAGGGCUACAAUGUAUGCAUUUUUGCCUAUGGGCAAACUGGAGCUGGAAAGUCUUACACCAUGAUGGGCAAGCAAGAGGAGAGCCAAGCAGGCAUAAUCCCACAGCUAUGUGAAGAACUGUUUGAGAAAAUCAAUGACAAUAGCAAUGAAGAAAUGUCAUAUUCUGUAGAGGUGAGCUAUAUGGAAAUUUAUUGCGAGAGGGUCAGAGACUUAUUAAACCCGAAGAAUAAGGGAAAUCUGCGUGUGCGAGAACAUCCUCUGCUCGGACCGUACGUGGAAGAUCUCUCCAAGCUAGCAGUCACGUCUUACACAGACAUUGCAGACCUCAUGGAUGCUGGGAAUAAAGCCAGGACUGUGGCAGCUACGAACAUGAAUGAAACUAGCAGUCGCUCUCAUGCUGUGUUUACAAUUGUCUUCACUCAGAAAAAACAUGACACAGAAACUAAUCUUUCCACUGAAAAGGUCAGCAAGAUUAGCCUCGUGGAUCUGGCUGGGAGUGAGAGAGCUGAUUCAACUGGUGCCAAAGGAACUCGAUUGAAGGAAGGAGCAAAUAUAAACAAGUCUCUCACAACUCUGGGCAAGGUUAUUUCAGCGCUGGCUGAAGUGGAUAACUGCACCAGCAAGAGUAAAAAGAAGAAGAAAACAGACUUUAUACCGUACAGGGACUCUGUAUUAACAUGGCUGCUUCGAGAAAAUCUAGGUGGUAACUCCAGAACUGCCAUGGUGGCUGCUUUGAGUCCAGCAGACAUAAACUACGAUGAAACUUUGAGCACUUUAAGAUAUGCUGAUCGUGCAAAGCAGAUUAAAUGCAAUGCUGUUAUCAACGAGGACCCCAAUGCCAAGCUGGUGCGUGAGCUGAAGGAGGAGGUGACCCGGCUUAAGGAUCUCCUGCGUGCCCAAGGGCUGGGAGAUAUUAUUGACAUUGAACCAAUGGGAGAUGAAUACCCUGGAAGUGGAGGCAAAUAUUUGAAAGAUUUUCAGAACAAUAAACAUAGAUACUUGCUAGCCUCCGAGAAUCAACGUCCUGGCAAUUUUUCCACAGCCUCCAUGGGGUCCCUCACUGCAUCUCCGUCCUCCUGCUCUCUCAGUAGUCAGGUGGGCUUAACAUCUGUGUCAAGUAUACAGGAAAGAAUCAUGUCAACACCUGGAGGAGAAGAGGCAAUUGAACGUUUGAAGGAAUCUGAGAAGAUCAUUGCAGAGUUGAAUGAAACGUGGGAAGAGAAACUGCGAAAGACUGAGGCCAUUAGGAUGGAAAGGGAGGCUUUGCUGGCAGAAAUGGGAGUUGCCAUUCGUGAAGAUGGAGGAACGCUGGGAGUCUUCUCACCUAAAAAGACUCCUCAUUUGGUAAACCUUAAUGAAGAUCCACUCAUGUCUGAAUGUCUGCUUUACUACAUCAAAGAUGGUGUUACUAGGGUUGGACAAGCUGAUGCUGAGCGAAGGCAAGAUAUUGUAUUGAGUGGGGCUCACAUUAAAGAAGAGCACUGUAUCUUUCGAAGCGAGAGGAACAACAAUGGUGAAGUUAUUGUUACUUUGGAGCCUUGUGAACGAUCAGAAACCUAUGUUAAUGGCAAGAGAGUAGUGCAGCCUGUGCAGCUGCGCUCAGGCAAUCGUAUCAUCAUGGGCAAAAACCACGUCUUCCGAUUCAACCAUCCAGAACAAGCAAGAGCAGAGAGAGAGAAAACUCCAUCCGCUGAGACUCCAUCUGAGCCAGUUGACUGGACAUUUGCUCAGAGGGAGCUCCUGGAGAAGCAGGGUAUUGACAUGAAGCAGGAGAUGGAGAAAAGAUUACAAGAGAUGGAGAUUUUGUAUAAGAAGGAGAAAGAAGAAGCUGAUCUUUUGUUGGAGCAGCAAAGGCUGGAUGCAGACUCUGAUAGUGGGGAUGAUUCGGACAAGAGAUCGUGUGAGGAGAGUUGGAGACUGAUCACUUCCCUGAGAGAGAAGCUGCCACCCAGCAAGCUCCAAACCAUUGUAAAAAAGUGUGGCCUCCCCAGCAGUGGGAAGAAGCGAGAACCCAUUAAAAUGUACCAGAUACCCCAACGCCGGCGCCUUAGCAAAGACUCCAAAUGGGUCACCAUCUCAGACCUAAAGAUUCAGGCCGUGAAAGAGAUAUGCUAUGAGGUAGCGCUCAAUGACUUCAGACACACUAGACAGGAGAUCGAAGCUUUGGCCAUUGUUAAAAUGAAAGAGCUUUGUGCUAUGUAUGGGAAGAAGGAUCCAAACGAGCGGGAGUCAUGGCGAGCUGUUGCCCGUGAUGUCUGGGACACGGUAGGAGUUGGAGAUGAGAAAAUAGAAGAUGUUAUGGCCAAUGGCAAGGGAAUAACUGAUGUGGAUGACCUUAAGGUGCAUAUAGACAAACUGGAAGAUAUUUUGCAAGAAGUGAAGAAACAGAACAACAUGAAGGACGAAGAGAUAAAAGUUCUUAGAAAUAAGAUGCUAAAAAUGGAGAAGGUUUUACCUCUCAUAGGGUCUCCAGAGAAAGCUCAGUCAACUGUAGCUAAUGCUAAGUCUCCAAAUUCUGCCUCUGUAGAGGAUGUGGAUAAAAAGCCCACAGAUAAUUUAAAAAGAAGCGAAAAUGAUGAUCUUGCUAAAGAGGAACGUGUUUCUCAGUUAAUGGCAGGUGAUCCAGCUUUCAGACGUGGGCGACUACGUUGGAUGAGACAAGAGCAGAUUCGAUUUAAAAAUCUGCAGCAGCAAGAAAUUGCAAAACAACUUCGUCGACAAAACAUGCCUCACCGAUUCAUCCCGCCUGAAAAUCGCAAGCCCCGUUUUCCCUUCAAAAGCAACCCCAAACAUAGAAACUCAUGGAGUCCAGGCACUCAUAUAAUUAUCACAGAGGAUGAAGUUAUUGAGGUUAGAAUUCCAAAAGAAGAUGAAAAGAACAAAGAUGAAAACAAAGAAAAAGAGAUUAGAGCUGCUUCUAAAGACCCUCAACAGCUGUGGAGUCUCUGUGGCCCCCAAAGGAGUCAAGAUAAUAUCCAAAUUAACAGGCAGCAGCUAAACACCCAGUCACAGCCUAGCAAUCCGCAGCAGCCAGCACCUCCCUUGCGCUGGAGAAGCAAUUCCCUCAACAGCGGCUCCCAGAAAGGCCUGCGGCGUCAGGCGUCCAGCUCGUCCGAAUCCUUGCACUCCUACGGCGGGCAGCAGCACCCAGACCUGCAGACUUUCCAGCAGAAGCGUCACAUCCACCAGCACCGCCAGCCGUACUGCAGCCCCGGCGGCGGAGGCGGUGCAGAAGGCAGCACGGCUAACGGCAGCCCCAAACAGACGGACCGGCUUAACCACUAUAACCAGUUCGUGACACCCCCGCGGAUGAGGCGCCAGUUCUCAGCACCUAACCUCAAAGCGGGCAGGGAAACUACAGUAUGAUCAGUCGGUCAACACUAGUUUGGGGGAGGAGGGAAGCAGGGGCAAUGCUGGCCUUUCAUUAAGGAACAGCCAGGAUUGGCUUUGCUCAUGUCUUGGGUUUUGUUUGGCCAGGUAGAACUUGAGUGAUUUGACACCCCAACACAAGGUACUGGCCCUUCACAGCCCGCUCAGUUUGCAUGUGGCUUCUGGUGCAGUUUUAACAACCGUGUUUGGAAGAACAUUCUGAAACUGUAAGAACUUUUCAUAGGCUAGAAGACUUGGAGGGAGGGUUAUGGAGGGGAGAAGUUCCUUGCUAGCUCAUUUAUCUUUUUUUUGUUGUUUGUUUUCUUGGAGUUAUUUUACCUAAUGCUGAAGAUACUGUCUGGAACUUAUAAAGUUUUGCCUUCCUCCUAUGUUUUAUGUAGACAAUCAAAAGAGGAAUUUAGUGUAUAGCAUCGAAUGUUUCUUGUGACCUUUUUCUUAGAAAUGAGGAAACUGACCAUCUGAUUUGAAAAUUGAUCUGGCUCUUCAGUAUGGUGUUUUCCACUCUUAACCCAAGUUUUUUUGAAUAUAUAAACCAAAAGUUGUUGGCUGACAAGAUAUGUGGCUUUUUGUAGAUAGACAGAAAUUUGGAAGAUUUCUUUGGUCACACAACAGUCCUACUCACUGAGUAGAAAAUGUCUUUGCCCUUCAGCCUAAGUUCAUAAUUACUCUUAUGAAAUUGCUGUGACAGUUAAACCUGCCUGAAUGGAAUUGUAUGUUGGAUUAUACAUGUGGCUGGAGCAAUGGAAUAAGCUUUUCCUGAUUAUCAUCGUAUCUCUAAGUAUAAUGGCUUUUAAUUAUUAUACAGAGAUUACGAAAAGGAACUGAGUUCU